AUGAACGGGAAGUACCCGAGUGAUCUAAUCAGGUCUUUGUUGUCACAAGCUGCAAUCAGGGAAGGAAAAUUGCCAGAAGAUGUGUGGGACGACCGCCUUGAACCUCCCAUGGGUAAAAUUCUGAAAGAACUUCUUACUGUCUUAAUGGUAGCAGUCGCAUGCUUACAUCCAAAUCCACAGUUUAGGCCUACCAUAAAAUCGCCUCACUGGUCCUCUUCCGUUGUCAAUUGGCAAUUUAAGCAAGUUAGAGGUUCUAUACAUUCGGGACAACCAAGUCUCCAGCUCCAUUCCUCAUGUGAUAGGGAAUCUCAAGAAUCUGGUUGUGCUAAGAGUUGCCAGAAACAAUUUGACUGGUCAUUUGCCUCCAAAAGUCCAAAUCUCUGCCAAGGUGGGCGUCUUACUAAUUUCACUGCAAAUAGCAAUCGUCUGACAGGUAAAAUUCCCAAAAGCCUGAAAAACUGCACAACCUUAUAUAGAGUCCGCCUUGAUAGAAACCAACUCACUGGAAACAUAUCUGAAGAUUUUGGUGAGUAUCCAAACUUGGAUUACAUAAAUCUAAGCAACAAUAGAUUUUACGGAGAACUUUCACUGAAAUGGGGUAGGUCUCUGAAGCUAACAAAUCUUGAGAUUGCAGGCAACAAUGUUACUGGUACCAUUCCACCUGAGAUUGGAAACUUGACUCAACUGCAGUUGCUUAAUCUUUCUUCAAAUAAUUUGGUGGGAAACAUCCCUGUGGAACUUGGAAGGCUCACUUCGUUAGGGAAGUUUAUACUGAAAAACAAUCAACUCUCUGGUGGUAUACCUCAAGAGCUUGGAUCACUGACUGAACUUGAGUAUCUUGACCUGUCCACAAAUGAAUUGAGCCAGUCAAUUCCGAGUAGCCUAGGUAAAUUUCUGAAGCUGCACCAUAUCAAUGCCAGCAACAACAAGUUAAGCCAAAGAAUUCCAUUUCAAUUCAGGAGUUUAACUCAGCUGUCCGUGCUAGAUUUGAGUCACAAUGGUCUUGAUCGAGAGAUACCAACAGAGCUUAGUAAUUUGAAAAGUUUGGUGACACUAAUCUUUCCCACAAUAAUCUCUCUGGAGUUAUUCCAAAGAGUUUUGAUGAACUUCGUGGCUUGGAGCACAUCGACAUAUCAUACAAUCAAUUCUGGGGUCCCAUCCCAAACAAUAAGCUCAUUUCAUGAGGCUCCCAUUGAAGCAUUGAAGGGAAACAAGGGGUUGUGUGGAAAUGUUACAGGUUUUCUGCCCUGCAUUAUUAGUCCGGAAGAUAAGAAGAACAGUUCGAAAACUGGUGUAGAAGUUGUGUGCUUACUCAUCCUGCCUGUCCUAGGUGCAGUUAUAUUUGCUUGGUUCAUGUUACUAAGGAAAAAGACAUGUCAACAAACAAGGCAAAAACACAUGUACCUACAAAAGUUUGAAUUGCGUUCCGUAUCACUUUUUGAUGGCAGAUUAUUGUUUGAAGAAAUUGUAAAAGCAACUGAGAAUUUUGAUGCUGCUUAUUGUAUCGGGAAGGGAGGGUUUGGAAGCGUUUACAAAGCAAAGCUUCCAUCAGAAGAAGUGGUAGCUGUAAAGAAACUCCACAGUCCAUGUGAUGGGGAAGACAGCUUUCAAAAAGAGUUCUUAAGCGAGGUAAGGGCCUUGACGGAGAUACGGCAUCGAAACAUUGUGAAGCUCUAUGGUUUCUGUUCACAUACCCGGUACCUUGAAAUGGGUAGCUUGUUUUCAAUCUUGUGCAAUGAAGAAGAAGCUAAGAAAUUGGAUUGGAGUAAAAGGGUGACUAUCAUUAAAGGUGUAGCGCAUGGCUUAUCCUACAUGCAGAAUGAUGUGUCCCCGCCAAUCGUUCAUCGAGACAUAUCCAGCAAGAACAUUUUGCUAGACGCUGAAUAUGAGGCUCACAUCUCAGACUUUGGCACUGCUAAGCUUCUAGAGCAUGACUCAUCUAACUGGACUGCCGUUGCAGGCACAGUUGGAUACAUAGCACCAGAGCUGGCUUACACAAUGAAAGUGACGGAGAAAUGUGACGUGUAUAGCUUCGGCGUGUUAGCACUUGAAGUGAUUAAAGGGAAGUACCCUAGCAAUCUAGUUCGAUUACCCUUAUCACCUGCAACCAGGGAAGCCAAAAUGUGGGAGGAUAUGUGGGACGAUCGCCUUGAACCUCCCACGGGUAAAGUUCUGGAUGAAGUUGUCACUAUUUUAACACUAGCAAUCGCAUGCUUACACGAAAACCCACAGUUUAGGCCUAACAUGUAUGAAGUUUCCCAGAUGUAACAAUUCCAAUCCUCCAUAGCUCAAAUUUAUGAUUAAUUACAUAACUUAAA